AUGGUCUCCCCUUGUUUCUCUAUCGUAUCCGCAGCUGGAAGCAGCAGUCGUCAUGGUACCCAGCACCUCACCUAUUGUUUCUCUCAACUGAAAUCAUUCACCCCACCGCCAGUGUCGCCAGAUAUCUCUGCCACGCCAUCCGCCUCCACCAAUGCGGAGGGUCUCCUCGUCAAAGCAACUCUUGCCAAGUUGCUCCGCGACCAAAGCCAUGCUCAGAACCACGCUGUCCACGCCUCACAGCCGUGGCGCAGCAAACAAAAGCCUGCCAAUGCGCAUCGCCAGAAGCGUAGAAAUCUCGUGUGGCGUUCGUUGGGAUGGGCUGUCAUCUUCAUGUGCUCAUUCACACUUCUGGGUUUGAACUUCGCAUCUGCCGUCAGUGACCACCACCCACCGGCCCUGCGCGCCUGGACCUACAACCUUUCGUUUAUCAUCCUUGGUGUCACAUCAGCGUGCGGCUUUGGCUUGGUCACAACCACAAUGCUGGAACUCGCGGUGCACUCGCAACCUGGGUGCCGUCGUGUCCGGAGUGCACUGGCUCGGAACUCGGCAGCAGGUGAGGCAGGCGUGGCCCAGGGUAUGGUGUAA